GUGACAUUGCAUCCACACAUUAAUCCACAUCUAGAAGUGGCUCAGAGCAAGAAAGAAAAGACUACGAUGGAAUUAAGUUGGCGUUCAAAAUAAAAGCAAGUCGAUUCAUGAAGAUUAUUCAACAAUGCAAACCCAGCGCGACCAGACUUGUUAAUGUUGGUUUGGGUCACAUUUUGCUGGAGCAAAAAACGAGCUGCUGGAGGGUCAGGCAGCAUCUGUGGAGGGAAAUGGACAGUCGAUGUUUCCGGUCGAGACCCUUCAUCUGGACUGAAAGAUAGAGGGGAGAUAGUCUAUAAAGAGGGAAAGAUAAGGUGGAUGGUCAAAAUCUGUUCCGCAUGGUAAGGUUGUCAUAAACAAGAGAACACCGGUUAAAGGAAGGAGUUUUAAAGGGAUCUAAGGGGUUUUUGGCUCUUAUUUCUUGCUGGUAACUUUCUCUGGUCCUGCAAAAUCAUGAAUGGAAGUACAAUUGAGAACAGCACAUUAGAGAUGCUCACCAACUCUAUGCUGCAUCACACCUUGCCCACCAUCUACCUGGUCAUUUUCAUCAUCAGCACUCCUCUCAACGCACUCUCCCUCUGGCUGCUUUGCUGCCGCAUGUGGCCCAAGACCCCGACCAUGAUAUUCUCCAUCAACCUGGCCAUCACAGAUCUCCUGUACAGCUUGACGCUGCCCUUCCAGAUCAUAUACCAUUGGAACUGGAACAACUGGCUUGUUGGCGAGCCGCUGUGCCGUCUGGUGACCAUUCUCUUCUACGGGAACAUGCACUGUUCCAUCCUGACUGUCAUGUUGAUAAGCGUGGAGCGUUACCUUGGCAUCGUCCACCCUCUGCGUACCUCUGAGUUCCGCACCAUUAAAGCUGCUGUCUUCCUCUGCAUCAUCAUCUGGUUUUUUGUCUUGUCGGUCCACUCGCCGCUGAUGUACACCGAGCUAACCUACGAAGUCACGGUUCUGAAGAUCACAACCUGCUUCGAUAUUAUACGUCGUAACAUGUUCCCAGCCCUGUUUUACUUUUACCUGUACUACUCCAUUCAAAUCUUUCUCUUUUUCCUAUUCCCUUUUAUCGUCAUGGUGGUGUGCUACUCUAAAAUAAUCAGGACUCUAUUGAAGACCCCGGUGAUGGAAAUGAGAGAGUCAAGGAAACAGAUUGUUUAUUUGACUAUUAUGGUGCUGUUGGUCUUUACUAUCUGCUACCUGCCCACGCAGAUUAUUAUGAUCAUACAUUUUGUGCGGUCAAGCCAGAAGAGACCAAUCUAUGUCAUCUACAAGCUCUCUCUGACUCUGAUCAGUUUAAAUGGCUGCUUUGACCCAUUGUUGUAUUACUUUGCCUCAAAGGAGUUUAGGCGGAAGAUCCAGAAAUUAUGUCCAUGCCUUCCCGUUGAUGAUGGUGACAAAACCUUAAGUAACACCAUGCAACCUCUAGCUGCUAAGGGCAAUCAGUAGUAUGGUUGAAGGUGAGGUCUCCUACUUAAGCUGAUGGAGGAGUGUGCACCAUUACCACUGUCCCUCAGAUCAGUGAUGGUGCUGAGAAUCCCCUACCUGUCCUGUCACCAAAUGGAAAGUGAGCAGGCACAAGGCACACUUUAUCAAUUGCAAGUGAUAAUGUGCAAAAUCAGAACAUUGGUCAUAUUUCUUAUGUGCUUCAGAAUCUCAUUCAAUGGUCUUUGCAUUCCUUGAAUCCUCCAUCAUCAACUUCCCAGGUGCUGGAAGGAUAACCAUUGCCUCAGAAGUAAACUGGACCAAUAGGAUAAAUACUGGGGCUACAAGAACAGCUCAGAGGCUGAGUAUCUUGCUGUGACUCACCUCCUGACACCUAAAAGCCUUUCCAACCCCUACAAGACACACAGCAAGGGUAUUAUGGAAUACUUGCCUGGUUUUCUGCAGCUCCAGAGUCACCAAAAAGCUCAACAAACAAUCUUCUGGUGGAACUCAGCGGGUCGAGCAGUCCUGAUGCAGGGUUUCGACCAGAAACGGCGACAAUUCCUUUCCUCCCACAGAUGCUGCUCAACCCGCUGAGUUCCUCCAGCAGAUUGUCUGUUGCUCUGGAUUCCAGCAUCUGCAGUCACCGAGAAGCUCAACUCUUCUCAGAGUAAAGCAACCCUCUUAUAUUGGUGCCCUUACCAUAUUCUGAAUAGUCAUUCCCUCUGCAAUGGCUGCAUCAUCUGCAAACGGCACUGCCAAUACUUCUUUAACAGCUUCUCCCAGCAAUUUCCUUCACAAAGAAUGAAGGGUGAGGGCAGCAAAUGCAAACAAAUGCCACUACCUGCAGAAAUGUCUCCAGGCUGCACACCAUACUGACCUGGAAAUAUACCAGUGGGUGUAAAUGCCUGGAGCUCCCUACACUGCAGCAGGAACACAUCGCAACAGUGGUUCAUUGAAGCAGCUCACCACCACCACCACCUCCGGGGUAAUGUGGGAUAGGCAAUAAGUAUUGACCCUUGCAGUGAAAUGCAUAACGAUGACCCACUUCAAAGAUAACCUAUUGAUGUAAAGUUCUGAGGGAUGUCCCGAGAAUGUGAAUGUUGCCCCAAGAAUGCAAGUUCUAGUUAACAGCACCUAUGGAAAGGAACAGGUUGGAAAAGACCGUGGUUGGAAAAGUUAGCUUGAUGGUAAAACUCAGGCCUAUUUAUAAAUAAAUCCUAUGAUCUAUAAUGUAGCAUGUAAAUAGGUUAUUUAGCAUGUAAAUAACAAAUGUGUAGAGUGUAACAUGUAUUGAAUCAUAUGAUGUAAAUAAUAAUCUGUUAAUGUGUUAGUUAUGUUAAUAAACUGCUUUGGUGCUCCUGGUAUCCAAAGA